AUGCCUUCUGACAUUCGUUCUUUCUUUGGGCCAAAGGGUGGUAGUGCUCCGAAACCAGCUCCUAGAAAAGCUGAGGAGCUGGCCAAGAGCAAGCGUACAAAGGGAAGAAAAGUUGUUGAAGACAGCGAAGACGAUGACGAGGAGCCAGUAGAAGUAAAGAAACCAGCAGCUAAAGCCGCCCCCAAGAAAAAAGCCAAGGAUGACGAACCUAAAGGCGUCGCUAUAUCCGCCGACGAUUAUUUUGCUUCGAACAAGACCAGUAAAUCUACCAAAUCGGCAACACCUAAAAAGCCUGCAGCUAAAGCAGAAGCUCCGGUUCGAUCGAGUCCCCGAGGAAAGGCUGCGGCUGCGAAACCCUCAGCACCAGCGAAGAAUGGAAAAAUGGCUACACGAAAAACUACGACCUCUCACUCCAAUCAUGCAGCUGAUCGAGAUUCUGAUGCGUACAUGGAUGACGGAGAUGAAGAGGAUGGCGAUAUUUUUGCAGCGGAUGCUAAAGGUCGAAGCAAGCGCAAGAAUGACGACUACGAAGAGGAUGAGUCCGAGGAAGAGGUCCUCCCCAAACCCAAGCGAAUAGCUACACGAGGCCGUCCGGCUGCUGUCAAGAAAGAAGAUUCCGACGACGACGUAAAACCUGCUGCUGCCAGCAAGAAACGAAAGUCACCUCUCGAGGAUUCGGAAGAGUCAGAAGAAGAGGCUCCUCGCAAGAAGACUACCACUGCCAAAUCAAAAGCUCCAGCCAAACCCCGAGCUCCCCGAGCAAAGAAGGCCGACGAACCAGAAGAUGCCGAGAUCAAAGAUAUCCUUGAAAGUGUUGCAACUGUUCGGGCUCCCACGCCACCACCAAAGGAUCCCGAUGCCAAGUUCGAUUGGAAAAAGAAUGCGUUUGGAGGCGGCAACGCAGCUGCCCAGCCAGCUUCAGGCUCAGUCGAGCUCCCUGAGGGCGAGGAAGAGUGCCUCGCCGGUCUGAGCUUUGUCUUCACAGGUGUCUUGCAGAGUAUCAGCCGUGAUGAUGGACAGGCACUUGUCAAGAGAUAUGGUGGUAAAGUUGUUGGCCAACCGAGCAGCAAGACAAGCUUUGUGGUCCUUGGAGAAGACGCUGGCCCAAGCAAGCUAGCAAAAAUUAAGUCUCAUGGCAUCAAGACGAUUGAUGAAAACGGACUUUUCGACUUGAUUCGCAAGCUUCCUGCAUUUGGAGGAGGCGGCAAAGGGGCUCAGAAGGCCCAAGAGAAGAAAAAGGCCGACGAAGACAAAGUAAAGAAACAAGUUGCCGAAAUGGAAGCCGAAGAGAAAGCCCGCAAAGCUGAGGCUGCAAAGGCUGCAAAGAAGGCUGCAGCCGCUGGGGGGGCACCUGCAAAACCCGCGGCAGCUCCUCCUGUACAGCUACUAACCUCUAAGUAUGCACCAACGCAGCUCAGCCAUAUCUGUGGCAACAAGGCCCAGGUCGAAAAGAUCCAGCUAUGGCUCAGAAACUGGCCCAAAAACAAGAAAUAUAACUUUCAGCGACGAGGCGCGGAUGGGAUGGGUGGCGAGCGCGCUAUCAUCGUCUCUGGCCCUCCUGGAAUCGGAAAGACGACAGCUGCCCACCUGGCUGCCAACCUGGAAGGUUACGAUGUUUUGGAGAGCAAUGCCAGUGACUCUCGAAGCAAGAAGCUCGUUGAGAACGGUGUGAGUGAUGUGAUGAACAAUACUUCACUUCUCGGAUACUUUGCUGGAGAUGGCAAGAAUGUUGAUGCGACCAAGAAGAAGAUUGUCCUUAUCAUGGAUGAGGUUGAUGGUAUGUCUGCAGGUGAUCGUGGAGGUGUCGGCGCUUUGGCCAAGUUCUGCAAGAAGACUGAAAUUCCUCUUAUUCUCAUCUGUAACGAACGAAAACUCCCAAAGAUGAAACCUUUUGACCAUGUCGCAUUCGACAUUCGAUUCAAUCGUCCGACUGUUGACCAGGUCCGAUCCCGCAUCAUGACGAUUUGCCACAGAGAAGGCCUCAAACUCCCACCUGCUGUGGUGGAUGCGCUUAUUGAAGGGAGCAACAAAGAUAUCCGACAAAUUAUCAACAUGAUUUCCACAGCGAAGUUGGACCAGACAAGUAUGGACUAUGACCAAAGCAAGGCCAUGUCGAAGGCCUGGGAGAAGCAUGUCAUCCUCAAGCCAUGGGAUAUCUGUCAGAAGAUGCUAGCUGGUGGUCUUUUCACUCCUGCGAGCAAAUCGACACUCAACGACAAAAUUGAGCUUUACUUCAAUGACCACGAAUUUAGUUAUCUCAUGAUCCAGGAAAACUAUCUUCGAACAAAGCCUAUGGCUCUCAACGGGAAGGGGUGCACUCAACGUGAGCACAACCUCAAAGCUCUUGAGCUGUUCGAUAAUGCGGCAGAGAGCAUCAGUGAUGGAGAUCUGGUUGACCGCAUGAUUCAUGGACCUCAGCAGCAGUGGAGUCUUAUGCCCACACAUGCUGUCUUCAGUACGGUUCGCCCAGCCAGCUUCAUCGCGGGUCAACUUAUGGGAUCCAACUUUACAUCCUGGCUCGGCAAUAACAGCAAGUACGGAAGACUUGGCAGAUCUAUUCGAGAAGUUCACUCUCACAUGCGCCUUCGAUCUUCUGGCGACCAUAACGAGAUUCGCCAGCAGUACCUGCCUAUACUGUGGACACAGCUUGUCGAUCGACUUCAGAAUCAAGGUGUAGAUGGCGUGGGAGAAGUCAUCGAUCUUAUGGAUAGCUACUUCCUGACCCGAGAAGAUUUUGACGCCGUCCAGGAACUCGGCGUUGGAACAAUGAGUGAGGAACGAGUCAAGAUUGAGACGAAGACUAAGGCUGCCUUCACUAGGACAUACAACGCGAUGAGCCAUCCUAUCCCUUUUAUGAAGGCUAGCAAUGUCACCGCCCCGAAGGCUCAACCUAAGGAAGUCCCUGACCUCGAGGAGGCCGUUGAAGACGACGACGCUGCUGAAGUUGUUGAGGCACCUGAAGCAGAUGAAGACGACGACGAAAUAGACUUCAAGAAGGACAAGUACAUCAAGAAACCAAAAGCCAAGAAAGCUACAAAGAAGACAAGCAAGGCGGCUGCUGCUGACGACGACGACGAGGAAGACAAGCCCAAGCGAGGACGAGCCAAGGCCAAGGCCACUGGUACUAAAGCUAAGGCGAAGAAAUAA